CUUCAGGUCGGCGUGGGAGCGUGGCGGCGCGGCCAGAGGCGGCUCGGCGGCGGUUCAAGAUGCGCCUGGUGACGCUGCUCCUCCCGCUGGCGCUUCUGGCCAUCCACUCGGCCGGAGCGGCCGAGCCAGACCCCUCCUACAUCGACGACGUUGGAGGCAGCGAACAAGAAAUGCCGCUAGAAAUGGACGAAUACUCUAACCUACUCGCAAAUCUUUUAAGGAAGUCAGCACAGAAACGCUCUCCGUUCGUGUACGUCUACAGGCGUUCGUGCAUUCGCCGCGGCAACUCGUGUGACGCCCGGCCCCACGACUGCUGCGGCAACGGAACGUGCCGCUGCAACCUCUGGGGCAGCAACUGCAAGUGCAUGCGCGGCGGCCUGUUCCAGGCCUGGGGUCGCAAGAGGAAGUAAGCGGCCGGCGGUCGUCCACCCGCCGCGCCCGCAGGCCGGCUCUGACGCGCCCCUUCCGGCCCUCUGCGCGCCUCGGAGCGGGCCUGCGGGCCCCCGCGGGCCCGUGACCCCGAUUGCAGGUCCCCUCCAGCCACACCUGUUAAUCGGAGCCGCGGCGCCCGCCCCCCGCCCCCGUCUCGGUUGUUGUAGAGUCGUCGUCUCGGCGUGGGACGCCGGGUGUUGGGUUGGUGUCGGCCGUCUCGGUGGGACGGUGUGUAUCCGCUCGUCUUGUCUGUGGCAACGCUGCAAUACAAGCUGAGUGGAGAA